AUGUUGUCUCGAGCAAGUAAAAUUCUGUGUAUUGGAAGAAACUAUACUGCGCACAUUCGUGAAUUGAAAAAUGCUGUUCCCAAAAAGCCCUUCUUCUUCUUAAAGCCCCCGAGUGCAAUUGUUGAGCCCGGCAAAGGAAAAUUACUAAUUCCAUCAGAUGUUCAAGCACAUUACGAAGUUGAGCUUGGGCUUGUUAUAGGCUCCAAGCUGCCUGCUCGUCAACCCAUUUUUCACUCCAAAUGGACAGAGGCUAUUGCUGGAUACUUUGUAGGAAUAGACGUUACCGCACGCAACCUUCAAAAUGAAGCUAAGAAGGCAGGACUUCCUUGGUCUUUCUGCAAAGGAUACGAUACAUUCUUGCCGGUGGGUCCCUUCAUCCCAAAACACCAGGUUCCUGACCCUCACAAUGUCAUCGUCGAGCUUUCUCAAAAUGAUAAAGUCGUUCAGCAUGAAAACACUUCAUUGAUGCUAAAUCGUAUUCCAAAAAUCUUGGACAGUAUUACGGAGACCAUGACUUUGCAACCUGGUGACCUGAUACUGACUGGAACACCGAAAGGUGUUGGAAAAGUGUUUGCAAAAGACGUUCUUUCAGCUCGACUCUUAAGUGCUGAAGGAAAUGAAAUAACCCCUAGUGCUUUCUCCAUACAAGCGGAUGUCGUUUGA